GAGGCACUUCGAUAAAGCCAGACUGUCAGCACGGUGUGGAGUCUCACAGAGCUGCUGCACGGAGAGAGACCGGGACCGGGUGAAUGCAGUCCGCCGCACGAGACACUGCCGCCGCCGCCGCUCUCACCGGUUCUUUCGGAGAUAAGAGGACGAGGGGAGUAAUCUUCACCCAGACACCGAGGAGGACUUUAGCUCAACGCAACGUUUUUUCUUUCUUGUUCUUCUUCUUCUAUUCAGUAGAAUCCUAACUGCGCAGCGGGCGAAGGAAGGAGGGGAACACGUGAGACCGCCGCGAAUAGCUAACGAUAGCUAUCCCCCCCCCCCUACCCGGGUGUGAGUUUGGAGCUCUUAGUUGGCAGAACUAUUGAAGUAGUGCCGGGUUUUUAAAGAGCCCAGUUGGGGGAAACGUCGAGGCAGUGUUCCUGUGUGCGUAAAGCCGUGUGGGAAGGAGCCGGCUGUCCGCCGCCAUGGAUAACUCGCACACGAAGAGUGUGGAAGAAGUUUAUAGUUAUUUCUGCGUCAACGAGAGCACAGGACUCUCCCUGGAGGAGGUGAAGCGACUGAAGGAGAAAUGGGGCCUAAACGAGUUACCAGCGGAGGAAGGGAAAUCUUUGUUGGCGCUCGUCCUCGAACAAUUUGAAGAUUUACUUGUUCGUAUUCUCCUGCUGGCCGCAUGUAUAUCUUUCGUCCUGGCCUGGUUCGAGGAGGGAGAGGAGACUGUCACAGCCUUCGUGGAGCCUUUUGUCAUUCUACUCAUUCUUAUAGCCAAUGCCAUCGUCGGCGUGUGGCAGGAACGUAAUGCUGAGGAUGCCAUCGAGGCGCUGAAGGAGUAUGAGCCUGAGAUGGGGAAAGUGUACCGGCAGGACAAAAAAACUGUGCAGAGGAUCAAGGCCAAAGACAUCGUGCCUGGUGACAUUGUUGAGAUUGCUGUUGGAGACAAGGUGCCUGCGGACAUCCGUAUCUGUUCAAUCAAAUCAACAACUCUGAGGGUGGACCAGUCCAUUCUGACCGGUGAAUCUGUCUCGGUCAUCAAACACACGGACCCUGUGCCAGACCCUCGUGCUGUCAAUCAGGACAAGAAGAACAUGCUCUUCUCUGGUACAAACAUUGCAGCUGGGAAGGCCGUGGGAGUGGUCGUGGCCUCUGGCAUUAACACAGAGAUCGGUAAGAUCCGCGACGAGAUGGCGGCCACCGAGCAGGAGAAGACGCCCCUGCAGAAGAAGCUGGAUGAGUUCGGCUCGCAGCUGUCCAAGGUCAUCUCCCUCAUCUGCAUCGCCGUGUGGAUCAUCAACAUCGGCCACUUUAGCGACCCCGUCCACGGAGGCUCCUGGAUCCGCGGGGCCGUCUACUACUUCAAGAUCGCUGUGGCGCUGGCCGUAGCCGCCAUCCCCGAGGGUCUUCCCGCCGUCAUCACCACCUGCCUGGCCCUGGGCACCCGCCGCAUGGCCAAGAAGAACGCCAUCGUCCGCAGCCUGCCGUCUGUGGAGACCCUGGGCUGCACCUCCGUCAUCUGCUCUGACAAGACGGGAACCCUGACCACCAAUCAGAUGUCUGUCUCCAGGAUGUUCAUUAUCAACAAAGUCGAGGGCGACAGCUGUGCCCUGUCAGAGUUCACCAUCACAGGCUCUACCUACGAACCGAAGGGAGAAGUGUACCAGGACGAUAAACUAGUGAAAACCUCCCAGUUUGAUGCCCUGGUUGAACUGGCUACCAUCUGUGCCCUGUGCAACGACUCCUCUCUGGACUUCAACGAGGCGAAGGGUGUGUACGAGAAAGUCGGCGAAGCCACAGAGACGGCGCUCACUUGUUUGGUGGAGAAGAUGAACGUUUUCAACACCGAGGUUCACAACCUGUCCAAGGUUGACCGAGCCAACGCCUGCAACUGUGUGAUCAAGCAGCUGAUGAAGAAGGAGUUCACCCUGGAGUUCUCCAGAGACAGGAAGUCCAUGUCUGUCUACUGCACCCCCAACAAGUCUCACUCUUCCAUUGGCAAGAUGUUCAUCAAGGGGGCCCCGGAGGGAGUUAUUGAUCGGUGCACUCACGUCAGAGUUGGUAACAGCAAAGUUCCCCUCACCAAAAGCAUCAAAGAAAAGAUCCUGUCUGUGAUCCGUGAUUACGGGACAGGUCUGGACACCCUGAGGUGCCUGGCUCUGGCCACGCGGGACAGCCCGCCCAAAGUGGAGGACAUGAUACUGACCGACGCUGCCAAAUUCUCGUCGUACGAGUCCGACUUGACCUUUGUCGCUUGCGUCGGCAUGCUGGACCCUCCCAGACAGGAGGUGGCAGCCUCCAUCAAGCUGUGCCGCCAGGCCGGCAUCCGCGUCAUCAUGAUCACAGGAGACAACAAGGGCACGGCGGUGGCGAUCUGCCGCCGCAUCGGCAUCCUGAGCGAGGACGACGACGUCGACCGGAUGGCCUACACCGGCCGGGAGUUUGACGAUCUGUCGCCCGACGCUCAGCGCGACGUCGUGACACGCGCUUGCUGUUACGCCCGCGUCGAGCCGUCCCACAAGUCCAAGAUUAUCGAGUUCCUGCAAGGACUCGGCGAGAUCACCGCCAUGACGGGUGAUGGAGUGAACGAUGCCCCCGCCUUGAAGAAGGCGGAGAUCGGCAUCGCCAUGGGCUCUGGCACCGCCGUGGCCAAGUCCGCCUCCGAGAUGGUCCUCGCCGAUGACAACUUCUCCUCCAUCGUGGCCGCCGUUGAAGAAGGGAGAGCUAUUUACAAUAACAUGAAGCAGUUCAUCAGAUACCUCAUCUCCUCCAACGUCGGGGAGGUCGUGUGCAUCUUCCUCACUGCGGCGCUGGGCUUCCCCGAGGCUCUGAUCCCGGUCCAGCUGCUCUGGGUCAACCUGGUGACCGACGGGCUCCCUGCCACCGCCCUGGGCUUCAACCCCCCAGACCUGGACAUCAUGAAGAAGCCUCCUCGUAACGCCAAGGAGCCCCUUAUCUCUGGCUGGCUCUUCUUCAGAUACUUGGCUAUUGGAUGCUAUGUGGGCGCAGCCACAGUGGGAGCUGCUACCUGGUGGUUCACCGUCUCUGAAGAUGGACCUCAUGUCAGUCUGUAUCAGCUGAGGCACUUCCUCCAGUGCGGCCCAAACAACCCAGACUUUGAGGGCCUGGACUGCCGCGUGUUCGAGUCGCCCUACCCGAUGACCAUGGCCCUGUCCGUGCUCGUCACCAUCGAGAUGUGCAACGCUCUCAACAGUCUGUCGGAGAACCAGUCCCUCCUGCGGAUGCCUCCAUGGGAAAACGUUUGGCUCUUGGGAGCCAUCUGCCUCUCCAUGUCCCUCCACUUCCUCAUCCUCUAUGUGGAGCCUCUGCCUGUCAUCUUCCAAAUCACCCCUCUGGACACGACCCAGUGGAUGAUGGUGCUGAAGAUCUCCCUGCCCGUCAUCCUGCUGGACGAGCUGCUAAAGUUUAUUGCCAGGAACUACUUGGACUUUGGUAAACAGCUGGAGAAGCCGGCCAGCAAAGGCUGCUCUCUGUUCGCAUGUGCCGAGGGCAUCUCCUGGCCCUUCGUGGCCAUCUCCCUGCCCCUGCUGCUGUGGAUCUACAGCACCGACACUAACGUGUCCGCCAUGUUGUGGCCCUGACUGACUCCACUCCACUCCCCCCCCUGUGCACCAGUGUGAAGUGGACAUUAACACACACAUCUAACACAGUUACAUUCACUCAGAAUAACUUGCAGUCGACACGAACGGGGUGGGGUGGGGGGGGGUUUAGUCAUAUUUUAAUGACUUUGACCAACAUUCUGUGUUUUAUUUUACCAUCACGAUUUUCUCUCCUUUUUGAUCUUGUUUUGAACACUUAGCGAUGCCCACCGCGUCGGAGCUGAGUUUGAGCUGUACAGAGAAUUUACACUAUUUUAUGAUAAUAAAUAUUUUGUAAUUUUUGGGAGGGGCUUUGGGGACAAGAAUGCAGGGUGUAAAUGGAUGUAAUUCUGAGGAACCGUAUAGUACAAUACUAAUUUUUUGGGGGGAAGACUUGAAUAUAUUUGCCCUGGCGUGAAUCUCUGUGGUAAUUUUGGAGCUCCAUGCGUCGUCAUUAUUUUCUGCAUUAGGCAGAGCACAGCUACCUCAAUGCUGUUGAUAUGAUUAUUAUUAAUACCCAUUUGUCUUAACAACCAUUUCCUAGAUUAUCAGUUGAGGUAAGCAUCAAUUUUGUUUUGCAGUAGAACCGAAGUCCUCACACACACACACGCGUGCUAAUGGUUUCUUUUAAAGUAUAUAUUUCUUUUCUGUUAUUGGAGGGAAGCGAGGACAAAGACAUGUUACCAGAUUGAUUCAGAGACAUUUUUGAUAGUGUUGUUAAAGUUGUUUACUUGAUUUUUAAUUUGAUAGGUUUUUGGAGAUUCUGUCUGUUUUCAGUCUUAAUUUUUCAUCUUAAUUACAGUUAUCUUCAUAAUGUAUGUAUAAUGUGCACAUACUGUACUUGAAAAAGGCACCAAGAAGCUGUUAGUCUUAUCAACUGAGCACAACAUGGACGACCGGUCAUUGGAAGAGUCUGUAUAUCUGUACAGACCACACAAAGUAGAAUCUCUGUAUAGAUUUUGUUGUUGUUGUUGUCGUCCCGAUGCUCCAUACAUUUACACUAGUUUACUUAAGCGUGGUCGAAGCCUUUCUGCAUGCCUGCUCCGAUACUCCCAGGCCCGUGUGUGCGUAGCGCUAACUGUUGUUUCUUCCAAUGCCUUCCGCCCGCUAACCUGCAGAGUGAGUACGCCGCGCGCCUGCAUGCCGCCCAUCCUGUUGUCUGUCGCCGCUCGUGGGAAAGACGGCUCCUCGUAUGUUUUUGAUAGAACUAGCAGUUUUUUUGUUUUAUACUCUUUGAUGGUACAAAAAGAGGAAACAUGUAGGUGUUUGAGUUUGUUUAAAAAAAUAAAAAAAAGCCUUCAGUGUCACCAAGUGCCAGGUACACACGGGGUAGAUAGAAGUCUUUUUUGCAUUGUGAAUUGACGGUGCCGCCGGCGCCGCUCGGUUCUGAAUGGCCGCAGCAUGUUUGGCAAAGACGCUCCGACACCAUGACAGGACGUGGUGGUGGUGUUUUAUUAUUUAUACAUGUCUUGUCUUUUUUUUAUUGCAUUUGUCGUUUGAUUUAAUCUUCUGCUUGCCCAUAGCAUGGCUUUUAAUAUAUUUGCUCUUUUUAUUAAAAUAAGUAUUGAUGGAUUUAAAUUAUUUGCUGCUCCAAUGUUUCUUUACUGUGAUUAAUAUCUUUGUGUCCACUGAUUUGAUUCUUCCUCUCUCUCUUCUUUUUCUUUGCAGCAAAGGCCACAUAAGUCCGCCUCUUCUCUAGAUUCCUUGCAGAAACUUUUGUUUUGUUUAUUGUGCAUGUGUUUUCGGGCAGCAUAUCUUUCAAGAGCUGCAUGUCAGUGAGAAAAAAUUAAGACAGAGGCUCAAAGUUCACACACCACUUUUUUUUUAGACUAUCCAUGAACAAAUGUCUGAUUUAAAAACUUGCCCAUCCCACAUCAUGAGACUUCCCAUCUCCUGCAUGCAGCCUUAGAUAAUAAUACUCCCCACGCCUUCCCUUUAGACGAAGCUGAGUACCGUGUACAGGAACGUGUACAAUAUUCCAUGGUGCAUGUCCUCUGAAUCGGCCAUCUGUUUGACCAGACUUGUGUAUUAGAUGAUGUAUAGUAUUAUUAAUAGAAUAGACAUUCGUCAGAUGGUACAAAUGUUAAAUAAGCUCAACAGUUCAUCUUUCCUAAGGAAAUACUUUUAUGGAAUAUAUAAAAACUAAACCGCCUUUUUUGCUUAGCGCCGAGAGGUGCACCGUGUUUGAAGCAGCUCUUGCCGUGGCUGGGAAGGCGGCCGUGAGAGCGGCAGGCAGUCGCUCCACUGGCAUCGUUUAUUUUGCCAAAACUGCUGUACUUUAUUUUCCCAGAUGAUUGUACACAUGAACUUUGGUUUUAGGUCAAUAAAACUACCAUACAUGA